AUGCCUCGAGAUCGUCACGAACGCUCCUCCUCACGCUCCCACCGCCCUCGCCAUCGCUCACGCAAUUCUCCCGACAUGCGUCAAGCCUCAUCCGACGACCGCACUCUUCCUGUCCCAAACACAUACAGCGAACACAAGAGAGGCGAAAAAGGCGGAAACGGCAGGAUGUCAAAAUACAUCAAACCUGCAGGCGAGAGUGGCCGAAAGGGCUUUCACCCCAUUCACUUUUCCAAGAUCUCCUUCAGAUCCACGAGUCGAGCUAGUCUUCUUUGCAAUUUUCUGUGGCCUUUCGUUCCUGCUGCUAUUGCCGUUCGCUAUGCUAUGCCCGAUAAUCAUGUCACCAUUUUUGCGCUGGCCUAUAUCGCCAUGAUCCCCUGUGCCAACCUAAUUGGUUUCGCUGGCCAGGAGCUUUCACGAAAGUUGCCUCAUGUUUGGGGUGUUCUCAUUGAGAUCACAAUCGGUUCUAUCGUCGAAAUCAUCCUUUUCAUGAUUCUUCUCUCCAAGGAUAUGUUUUACGUCAUCAAGGCUGCUAUUCUCGGUUCAAUCCUCGCUACUAUGCUUCUCUGUUUGGGCUUUUGCUUCUUUGUUGGUGGCAUGUUGGAAGACGAACAGGUUUUCAGUGAGGCUAUUAGUGAGGCCGGAAGCGGCCUACUCCUGACUGCGUUAACUCCCAAGAUGAUCCAGCAGCUAACCCGUGCCAGUGGUGUCGUCCUGGCUCUUCCUACAGUUUUCGAGUACGGUGUAGGCAACGGCGAGACGCUCACCAGCCAAGAUCUUGAGCACAAGACACUUCAGAUUUCACGUAUUGUCUCGGUUCUACUCAUAAUUGCCUACCUGGUCUACGUCUUUUUCCAGGCCCGAACCCAUCAUGGUAUCUACGACGCUGUAUUUGAGCAAGACGAGCACAAUGACAGAGACAAGCACAAGGACAUAGCCAAGGCUAAGCUGACUUUCACCGAAUGCAUAAUUGCUCUGGUCAUCUCCGUCGGCCUUGUUGCUUGGACUGCAGUCAUCCUCGUCAUGCAAAUCGAGUUUGUUAUCGAACGGGGACAUGUCAGCGACGCAUUUAUGGGUCUUAUCCUUGUUCCCUUGGUCGAAAAGCUUGCUGAGCAUUUGACUGCCAUCGACGAAGCCUGGGAUAAUCAGAUCAACCUGGCCAUGUCCCAUGUUCUCGGUGCUACACUUCAAACCGCCCUCUUCAAUGCACCCCUCGCUGUGAUUGUCAGCUGGGGUCUCAACAAAUCCCUCGAUCUCAACUUCGCCAUCUUCGAUCUUGUCAUGCUUAUUCUUGCUAUCCUUACUGUCGGGCGAUUCCUCCAGGAUCAAAAGAGCAAUUAUCUUGAAGGAUUCCUGCUCAUCAUUCUCUAUGUCGCCAUUGCUGUUGCCGCAUGGUACUACCCUGAUCCUGCUCACCAUGGAGCCGGCGGGGGUAGUGCUGAAGGUAGCUCUGAGGGGGGGCAUUGA